AUACAAUUACUGCCUUAUAACUGGGAACAAGUAAUGCUAUUCUGCCGUGUAAUUACAAGUUAAAUCAGAUUACUGUGUUCACAAUGCUCAGAAGCCCAACACUGUGCAAACAGCUUCAACAAGGUGCCGACAACAGGCGUCAGAAUAAAUGAGUUUGUUUUUCACAGUUGUACACACACAAUUCACACACGCUGAGACUGAUGCCAGAUCCAUCUGUCAGGUUUCCAGGGCAGUGGUGGAACGGCAUCCGUGAUGUUGACUUAGGCUGUAGCUUUAUUCUCCUGUUUCUGAUAACACAGAAUCGGAAACCAAACUCUCUGCUCUGGGCCACAAUUGUUUUGUUUUCUUUACAAAUAAGCUAAUGUGUGGCAUUGUUUUGUGUACAAACAACAUUUAAGUUGACUGUAGCUGGUUGCUGUGAACUACCGUUGUUGGACACUCACUCUUGUGCUGCUUUUGUGUGGUACGUUAGUAGCUUGUGACAGAUGUUUAGUUGAGUGCCUGUAUGAGCUGGACCGAGGGUCAAAAAUGGCACCAGUCUUCAGGAAGAAGCCGACAGUGGUAACACACGUGUGUAAAGAAUGCACUGGUGAGAGCAUCCACCCAACCAUGUUGAGUAUUCCUGACUGGGUAAGAGGGCGCACGGCAGACACUCCAAAGUCACUGCUGUCUCGCUCACGGUUUGAUCGAUUACGAGAAAACGAUGUCAUACGUACAGCAGAGGAACGAGGUUACCUCCUGUCUCCCAGUAAGUCGUUUGUGUUGGAGCAGUGCCUCGGAAAGUCACAGGACAAGAGGAGAGAAGAUCCCCAGAAGAUCUAUGACAUCCAGAUCGUGCACAUGACUCAGGCUCACCUGCGGAACAUCGGGUACAUCCAGUCCUGCACGCGGUUGCAGGUCUGCAUCCUCAGUAACAAUUACAUCACCAGGUUCGACGCCCUGGCCGCCUGCACCAUGCUCGUCAAGCUGGAUCUCCAUAGCAACCAGGUGUCUGUGCUGCCGUCUGCCCAGUUCUGGGAGGGCAUGGAGCGGCUGAAAGCCCUGUUCCUCCACGAUAACCCCAUCGGCCGGCUGGACUGUCUGCACAACCUGGGCAGCUGUCCCAGCCUGGUGGCCCUCACCAUGUACGACACGCCCCUCAGCCUGCGUGCAAGCUACCGACACCACGUCGUCAACACCAUUUGGUCGCUCAAGGUGCUGGAUAACUAUCUCAUCUCGGAUGAGGAGAUUAUCGAGGAUUCCAACUUCGGCGGAAGGUUCUCGACACUACACCCCUCGCUGUUCAUCAACAUGGGCCCAAACACGAGGAGAGACGCGACCUUGGAGGAGGAGUUGGAGGAUGUGGAUGACCUUCUGCAGGCGAUAAACGUGCUGCUGGCGCACUGUUCCCCCGUCCUGGUGAUCCAGCGCUGGGUCAGAGGUCACCUGGGGAGGCUGAGGGUCGCAAGCAUGAGGGGACAGGAACGAAGGCCUUCCCCUAAGAUGGAGAAGCCAGGUGCUGAGAAGCAGGCCACCCCUCCGCCCCACACGUCCCCCAUCCCGAAGACCGUGGCCUCCACCACCUCCAACGUGGGUCUGGACUACGACACGUACAUGCAGAACCGGCGCCCCGGGUCGCGCCCGCACUCCCCCAGCGUGGUGUCCGAGAAACAGGCUCCGCUGGAGGAUGACAUGAUGAGAUUGGCAGCUAUGGACAGGGAAGACUUAUCUCCUCAGAAGGGUCUAUCUCCCCCAGUCCCCACCCCCAUCACGCCUACUGCCACCCCCACCGGUGACGGGUCCUUCUCUCGUCGCAACCUGCACAUCAACCUCAACAAGCUGCAGGAGGGCAUGCUGCAGACCCUGGACGCAAAUGAAGCCAUCACGAUCGAGAUUGUAAAGAGGCUGGAGAGCGGGCCGUCUAGCUUGGGCCCAUCGUCUGAAGGACAGCGGUCGGGGAGGGACCGGCGGGCUAAGUUGGAGCAGAAGAAGCAGAGGAAGGUGUAUAAAACUGUGCAGCAGCUGCUGGGGCCGCAGCGAGACCUAGACCAGAAACCGGUCGUGGAGACCCCAGUGGAGGAGAGUGAGGUUCAGGUCCAGUUCCGACUGUCAGGGUUAAAGCCUGUGCUACAUGCGGCAGAUGCUGUACAGGAAAUGCUGAUUGCAAAGCGAGAGGGAGCGGAGGACAUUCGUUCUGCAGAGAGGGUGCACAGAGAAUACCUGGCCAGUCAGCCACAGCCAAAACUUCCCCCCAAACAGGUGGUCACGUUGGACCAAAGACUCUUUUCAAAAGCUCAAGGAACCAUGGGUAUGACAUGUUUCAAAGCUGUACAGCAAGCGUACAAAGACAGGAAACGAGCGGCGCAGAUUGCAGAAAAAAUGGACCAGGUAAUGGCAGUAAAGGACCAAAGAGAGCAAGCCAAAAAUCGUGUCCAAGGGUUCAUGCACCAGAAAAGGAACAAUGCACUGAGGAAAAGGGAAAAAGACGGUGUGGAGGUAUCAGAAGCUCUGGAAAAGCAUGAACUCAAACAUAUCAACUACAUAGAGAAGCGUUAUGAGACAAGAGGAAAGGCAUUUGAGAGGACAAAAGCACGGUUUGCAGACCUAGCCUUCAUGGCAGACUUUAGCAGUCAGCAUACGUCUGUCUCAAAUGCCCUGUUGCGUCACGAUCGCCAAACAAGGAAGGAAGACGACUCCAGCGAGAGGAAAGACAAAUACCGACAGACCCGCGAGCAGUCCCAGGAACAGAAAGAGCUUGUUCGGAGGUACCUGGAGCACAGGCAGCUGAUGAGGCAGGCGGAGGUGUCCACAGAGCGCAGCGUCCUCGACUCGAAAAUGUUACAAGAUGCCAACAACAGACUCAUGGAAGCUCGCGUUCGCGUUGCACAGCUGAAACAGAGGACGGCCACCGUCCAGGCGUUCUACCCGCUCCCACAGACGGGCUCGCCCAGCUUUGACAUCCCUGAGAGUAAGUCUCCGCCCCUCCCUCCGGUCGGCAGUAUCGCGCGGUCUCCUGACAGCAGCAUCCGGCAUCAGAUGAUGGAGGGGAGAAUGAUGACCUUGAACUCAAGCUUAAAUCAAACUCAAACCGUAGCGACACAGGUGUGACUUGUAAAAUGUACAGAUGCACUGCAAGACUACAUAUCACGUAUCUAAGUGCACUUGACUCAGGAUAUCUUUGUAUUAAAAAGUUGAAUAUUACAAAUGCCAUACAAACAAGACAAAUCAACAAAUUAUAGGAAGCUAUUAUCUGUAUAUAUAUAUAUACAUGUACUCUAAACUCUGUGUGUCAGACCUUAAAAUAUGCUGCUGUUGGAAAGCAUGUUGCUGCUUUUUAUUGUGUAUAUUAAUGGAGUGAUGUGUGGAGGUUGGUUAUGGUUGUCUUGGAGAUUUUCUGGGCAGAUGUGUCUUGUUUUUGCUGUUGCAUUUUGUUAACGAUUACAACAUCCUGUCAUUUUCGGACAGAUGUGGCGGAUGUCAAUGCCCUGCCCAACAUACUCGUUAUUUAUGUUGACAAUCCUUCUAUGCACAAUGCCAUAAUAUGUGUCCAAGUAUUUCUAACAACAUAUUUUAAACGGACCGUUACUAAUCUAUACUCUAAUAGUAUGCUGAGACACUCUUUGUAUUGAUGUGCAUUUGGAUGUGUGCUUUGCGCAAGUUUGAGAUGGUAGAAAAGCUAGUGACAUUUUACCCUUUUAGACACUAUGGUUACAACAAGCCUUCCUAUUCGUAUUCAAUUUUGUGUUAGACCCAAUGUAUGGCCUUGUGCCUAUAACAAAACAACCAUGUCAUCAUACCGGUAUAGUGUAACAUUAUCAACAAAGUAUAGCAGACAGGGUGAACAUUCCCACUAAAUAUACAUCAUUUUGUAUACUGCUCUUGCACCAGUAUUAAAGAAUGCUGCUACAGAACAAAGAGUCCCUAAAGCAUUGUUGACUAUUAAAAAAUUUUUGACCUGAA